GGGAGGCGGAAGUGGCGGCGCGGCGGCCGCGUGCACAGCGCCGGAGCCAUGGCCCGGGGACGCGGCCCGGGCCCGGCAGCGAGAGCGGGGCACGGACAGAGACCGGGGCCGGGACAUGGGCAGAGGUCAGGGCAGGGACCGGCACCGGGGCGGGGACUGGCCGUCCCGCACCGCGGCAGGAAGGAGAAGAAGGUGGACAACAUGAAGCCCAAGCACCCCGAUGAGCAGGAGAUCCCCUUCCGCCUGCGGGAGCUCAUGAAGAGCCGAGAGGCCAUGAAACGCCCCGGCCCCGGGAAGAGGCGGCCGGCAGAGAAGAAGCAGCAGCCCAAGCCCAAGCCAAAGGUCUCCAAGGCCCAGGGAGACAUCCCCGUGCCCAAGUUCAGGAGGGGGAAGGGGGAGUCGGAGCGUUCCUACGUGUGCCGCAUGGAGCAGGAGGUGCAGCGCGUCCUCUUCCUCACCAAGAACCAACUGCAGCGGGAGCCUGAGAAGGAGGCGACAGCUCCAGAGAAGUCCAAGAGGAAGAAAGAGUUUCAGAAUAAGAAGCUGGAAAAAGCUCGGAAGAAGAGGGAGGAGAAGAAGGAGGCCAUGCUGGAGAAGAGCCUGUUCCAAGACACGGUGCCGUUCGGGGAGGUGGUUACACAGCCGCCCACCAUCACCUCACGGCCCAGGGGCCAGGGCCCGGCGCAACGGGCUGGUCGGAAGCAGCUCCUCCUGACAUCUCACCUGGGCCAAGGCCAGAGCCCGGCAUCCCUGGCAGCGCCGGUGUCCAUGGCCCGGCGGCGCAUCCUGGAGGAGGAGAGGGCACGAGUGAUCCAGGCCUACAGGGACAUCCAGAGGCGCAAGCAGCAGCAGCGGGAGGCAGCAGGGGGCAGUGCCCAGGCCGGGCGCAGAGCCCAGCCCUGAGGAGCUGCCCAAGGGGACGUGCAGGCAGCACAGCAGCCCAGGACUUGAGGGAGAUGGUUGGACUGAUGCUGCUUUUCUGUUGCUGAGCCUCAGGGCUCCCCACAGCCCUGCAUCUGAGCUCAGGGCACCCCACAGCCCUGCAUCUGAGCUCAGGGCACCCCAGGGGCUCAGUGCUGGAGCUGGGAUCUCUGCGGUGCCAUGGACCUGUUUGUAGUAAAAGUGCUGUU